AUGAUUGCUAUCCUUGAUCGAGGUCUUGAUCCACAAGAUCGUAUGAAUAUAUCUUAUACACUCUUUUGGUUAACCCAGGUUUGGAAGAGCUCAAUAUCAGAUCAAACGAUUAAGAAUUGCUUCAAAAAAAGUACUUUAAUACGUUCUGAAGAUGAGACCAAAGCUAUCCCAGAUGAGAUAGAAGCUGGUUUUCAACUAAUUCCUGAGCCAGGGUUAACUAGUGAGGUUCAAGCUCUAUAUAAUGAAGCAGUUGAGAAGCUUGGUCAUGAUGAUAUUAUACCAUUUGAUCAAUUUUUGAACCCUAUAGAGGAAGAUAUUAUAUAUGAAGAUGAGACUGAUGGGCAAGAUAUAUAUUGUGAUAUAGAGAGCUCGGAAGCACAAGAUAUUGAAGAAAAUGGGCCUCCACCAGAGAUUCUGUCCAAUUCUGAUAUAAUGGGUCAUCUACAGGAUAUAUUACUAUGGGUUGGAAGCAAGGAAAAGAGCACAUCAGACCAUAUACGUCAGGUUGAGAGCUUAAUCAGCGAGUUUGGCAGGAUUCAGGUCGAGGAGAAGCGUCAGGUGACCCUAGAGGAUAUGGGAUGGAAGCCUAAAUAG